AUGCCAAUUUUACGACGAAUAAAUUUCUCUAUUGUUAUUGCUCGUGAUGAUCUUGAUCGAAUGACUAAUUCAGCACUCUUUACUGAUUAUCGUCAUGUUGAUAUUCAUUAUGCUUUAAUUAUCAAUGAUAAUCGACAACAUUUUGAACUUAGUGAAUAUGUACCACGUGAUAGUCAAUCUCAUCCUCGUCAAAUAGCUAGCACAAAAUUUAUGUCUGACUAUUAG